ACCGCGGUGCGAUUUGAAGAGGAAGAAUCUACAGACUACAGAAUCAAUCAAGUGAUGAGCUAUGGACGUGCAGGAAGAAGAGGAGAAGACGACGAUGAAAAGAGUAGCCGACUUUCUGAGCAAGGAGGUGAAAGAUUGGGGGAAUGAAGAGAAGAUGAGAUCUAGGUUUAAGGCACUCAGUGGGCAGAGGUGUGAUUGGGAGCCUCUUUACCUUUUCUGGAGAGACCUGAUCAUCAAGGUAUCUUCCCACCUCAACAUCUUCAUCGUCAAUCCUCGCCACAUCAAGCAUCUCUGGUUUUGCCAAAGUGGAUUGUCCCCUUUGUGCCUUGAUCGCGUGCUCGUUGAGAUGUGCAAUUCCGGCGAACUGUUGCCGGUUCCGAAUAUUUCCGUGGGAGAAGCGGAAGGCUGGCGAUUAUCUCAGAUUUUCCGUAAAGCAGCGCAUUUGGUGGGAUUUUCUCGGGGAUCAAAUCCUGUGGAGUGUCUAGUGGAGGAUUUCUAUGCAUUGACCCCACUCUUGAAGGAAAAGUCCGAAGAAGUUGUAAAGUACUUUUGUGAAAAUCAUUGGACGCCUUCAUGUGUUGUUACAAUGAGUAAGUUCCAGGAACUUUGUGGCGGUCCGAAAGAAGCUUCUGCAAUAAUGAGUUACUUGUCUGACUGCCGAAAAGCAAAGUACCUUGUAAUCUCCAGAAAUGACCGCAUAGAGGGAGUAAAAAUAUGUCUUGAUUCAGGAGCUGUUCCUAACAUCACAAGCAUAGAUUACAAUGUUUUACACUUAAUAUGGACACUAGAAAAGCUUGAACAACAGCUUUGUCUAAUCGAUCAGCGUUAUGAAAAAACAAGGAAGGCGGCUUUAGCUUCAUUGAAAUGUGGCAACAAAAUUGCUGCCUUGAGAUUUGCAAAAGAACUAAAGUUGGUUUCUCAGAGUCGAGAUAAAUGCACCAACCUUGUAGACCGAGUCGAAGAAGUUCUCAGAGCUAUAGCAGAUGCCGAAUCCUCUAAAAAGGUUUCUGAGGCUAUCCAAAUCAGUGCACAAGCACUAAAGGAUAAUCAGAUCAGUAUUGAGGAAGUCACCAUGUGUCUGGAGGAUCUUGAUGAGAGCAUUGAUACAUUGAAGCAAGUUGAUAAAGUUUUAGGAUCAAAUUUAGCUUUGACUGAGGUUGACGACGAAGACUUUGAAGGCGAGUUCAUGAAACUCGAAGCUGAAAUCAAAUUCCAACCAAAUCAAAACCCCAUAAAAGAUGGAACAGACAAUAGUGCAAACUUCACAGAGGUUUCAACAGCCACCGAUGCAUUGAGUGAUGCUUUUUCCAAUCUCUGUCUAAAAGAAGAUGCACAUUCGGAGAACGUGAAAGAGUAUUCUAUAAACACAAGCAAAAACCAGUUCCAAAUUCACACAUUUCCCUGUCUGCAACAAAUCUUCAAAAUGGAAUCAUCAGCAAUGGAGAAAACCGAGGAGCAGCCGAUGUCGAAGAACGCGAAGAAGAAGCUGCUGAAGCAGCAGCGGUACGAGGCGAAGAAGGCGGAGAAGAAGGCGUACGAGAAGGAGCAGAAGAAGAAGGAGGUCGAGCGGAAGAGAAAGGAAUGGGAGGAGAAGCUGGCGUCUUUGGGCGAAGAGGAGAGGGAGAAGCUAAUCGCGGGAAGGAGAGAGCUGCGGAAGGAACGGAUGGAGAAGCGGACUGAGGAAAGGCAAUUGAAGAUGGAGAAACUCAGGGAGGCGAAGAGCAGUGGACAGAAUGUUGUUAUUGAUCUUGAAUUUGGGCAUCUGAUGAGCUCUUCUGAGGUUAAUAGCCUCGUUCAGCAGAUUAUGUAUUGCUAUGCUGUAAACGGAAGAUCUGCUUCUCCAGCCCAUCUUUGGUUGACCAGCUGUAUAGGAGAAAUGCAGAAGCAUCUAGAACGGCUUCCUGGAUAUGAUAAAUGGGUAAUUGAGAAAGAAGAAAGACCAUACAUUGAAGUAUUUGAUAAUAAAAAAGAAAAGCUGGUAUAUCUGACGGCUGAUUCUGAAAAUGUUCUGAAUGAAAUGGAUCCAAAGGCAGUAUAUAUCAUUGGCGGGUUAGUGGAUAGGAACAGGUGGAAAGGAAUAACUAUGAAGAAAGCAGUAGAGCAAGGGAUUCAAACUGCAAAACUCCCCAUAGGAGAUUAUCUGAAGAUGUCUAGUUCUCAGGUCCUUACUGUGAAUCAAGUGGUAGAGAUAAUCCUCAAGUUCUUGGAAGCAAAAGAUUGGAAGGACUCAUUCUUCCAAGUCAUUCCUCAAAGAAAAAGAUGUGAAUCCGACUCGGCGGACUGUAAUGAAGAGUUAGAAGAGAAAAGUGAUGCGGAGGAGAAAGAUGUGAAAAAGCGAAUUGAACCAUCCGAAUGUGAAAGCGUUGAUGAUAAAGAUGAUCUAAAUGUGAAAAGGCAAUGCAUUGAAGCUUAGACAUCGGUUAGUGUAUCUCAUAAUGAACCAUAUAUCUCAUUCCAAAUCAGUUUGUUUCCAUUGCCAGAGUAUGAUUGUCUUUGAAAAGCUUAAAUUUCCUCUUACAUUCAUUCUUAAACUUUAUAAAGGCCACUUUUUGUUGAACCCAAACGAAAUUAAUCAUCUUGAACCUU